UAAAAAACGUGAUAAUAUUGCGGUGAAAAUUAAAGAAAAUUUUGGAUUAUUUUUCUUAUAAUAUCGUGUAACAGUCUCUAUAUUUUUUUCAUAUAAAAUAUUUAAGGAUUGGAGAAAAUCAUCGCAUGACAAUUUAAUUUUCCCACAAAGUUUUUCUUUUAUAUAAACUUGGAAAGUUUUUUUUUUGAGUUUUAGCAAUGUUAAAACCUGUGUUAGAUAUUUUCGGAAAAAUCCAUAGAAAAAACCACUUUUCCUCUGUUUUGUGGAGCAAAAAAUAUAGUUCAGGAAAGGAUGCUGAGCCUGGAGGAAUAGAGGUCACGAGACAAGGAGAAAUUGGUUUAAUAGGAAUAAAUCGACCUUCAGUCCAGAAUUCCCUCAAUGAUGACCUCACAAUGCGACUCUUUGCAGAAAUUGAGCGUCUUGAGGAAGACAAUUCAAUCUUGGUGGGUGUUCUUCAUGGUGUUGGAGGAACAUUCUGUGCUGGUUAUGAUUUAAACUCCAUAAGUAGGACGACCUUCUCUAAGGUUUCCCGGCCAACGAGGAGAAUCCUUAGGAAACCCUUUGUGUGCGCCAUGAGCGGAUAUUGCUUGGGGAAUGGCCUCGAAUUGGCACUAAUGUGCGAUAUGCGGGUCAUUGAGGAGAGCUGCGUCAUUGGAUUCCUCAAUAGGCGCUUUGGUGUCCCUUUGAUUGAUGGGGGCACUGCCAGGCUUCCGGCAAUGGUAGGGCUCUCUCGUGCCCUUGAUCUCAUCCUAACUGGACGUCAUGUGACUGCCAAGGAGGCCUAUGAAAUGGGUCUUGCAAGUCGUUUUGUGGCCAAUGGAACUGGAGUUGGACAGGCUGUGAAUGCAGCAAUUGCAAUUGCAAAAUUCCCCCAAAAGUCCCUCAUGCACGAUCGUGCUUCAGUCUAUAGGGCCACGUUUGAUUCCCCAUCCUUGGAAGAUUCAAUGAGAUAUGAGAUUGAUUCAGUUUCAUCUGAAAUUAUCGAUGAAGCCGUGAUGUGUUCUCGUCGAUUUUCCGAUGGUCUUGGAAAGGGUGGAAAAUUUCAUGAUAUCAAAAAGAAACCCAUUGCCGAUUGGGAAGCAGAUGAAAUAGCCAGAGAGAAGACAAAACGAGGGGUUGAAUGUGAAGUGAAAAGCUCUAAACACUGACACAACUCGAACUUCAUCACCUGCUCUAUCUUUAUUCCUUUCUUCCGAGCAUGAAUAAAUUUUGAAAAUAUUG